GAUGUGAGAAAGAGAGGAUAUACGUCCGUGUGAAUAACUGUCAAAACUGCCACGACAACCGAAUCUGCAAUCGGGCCGACAUCGGCUCCUUCAUCGGGUUUGUUGUUUUUCAGCUUUCGCGAGACGCGAGGUGUGUCGACACAAUCCAGGGUCGUUUCUAUUGCAAUGCACGCGUCUACGAAUGUGGACAUGAGUAUUUCCAAACGGAUGCAGUCAUGUUGUGCUACAUGGGCGUGACAGGUUGAACGGCUUCGCAUCAAGUUCUCACUCACUCACUACUUUCUCUCACUCGACCAUCUUGUCCGCCAGGGCGUUGGGCGGCAUGGACCCCUCUCUCAGUCUGUCUGGUCUUCACCAAGUGGAUCAGAAGGAUGACAAGGGAGACGUGAAACAGGUGGUAAAGACUCUGAACAGAGUGCCUCGCGCUUGCGUAAGAAUCGCCGCACGACAGCCCGUUCUCGUGUCUACGUACUGAAUCCGUGUUCAGAAUGCUUGUAGGAAGCAGAAAAUGCGGUGCGAAGGAGCCGACAAUCCGCCAUGUAGACGUUGCCGUACCAUGAACCAAGAGUGCUUGUUUGAAAAGCCCUCGCGGGAGGCAAGUCUAACGGGAGAAGCUGGACUCGAACGCAUACGAAGCCUAGAGGCAUAUGUUGCGGAUAUCAGGCACACGCAAAGCUCCAUUCAAAACUCGGUUGCCGAAAUCUUGGCCCACCUUCGGGGUGGCGCAGUGCAUGCACGUUCCCCAACGUACACACCCCAUCCGUACAGCCAGUCACCCAGUCUUCAUUCGCCAUCUGUGAACACAAGCCAAGUGCAUCCACACGGGAGCGAUGGCGGACCGCAGACACCGACAAACACUUUCGCGCAAGCACCUCCUACGCGCCAGUCGCGUGGAUCCCUACCACCUGCGCCUCCUUCAGCACAUGCUGGUCCCUCGCAGCAUCCAGGCGCGUAUUCGCACUACCGGAACUCGGGCUCGAGCUCGAACUAUGCGAUCGCUGGUCCAGCACAAGGACCUGUUCUCCCUCCGUUCUCCAGUCUUCCGAGUAUGGGGCCGCCAACUGCUCAGGCGUCUAAUGUCUCUUCGGUCCGCUAUGAUAGCGCACAUGCGCAUCCUGGCCUCAGACAACAUGGGAAACGAGGGCAAGGGUCAACGAAUGUGACGAGUGCAGAAUCGUCCGAUAUCGACGACGAAGACAACGGGGAUCUGCCCGACUCUGGACUGGUUGCACCGCUGGAGGUUCUCCGCGGAUUGGCUGAUGUGGCAUUUGAGCGGGCUGCCAAGGAGAACGGCGGAGACAGCAGCGGACCUCAGAGUCGGAAUAGAACACCUUCACCCGACAGGCAGAAUCGCAAACGUCGAAAGCUGCAUCACACAGGUCGACCUGCGAUGGUGUUCCCCGACGUGGUCACCAAAAAUAUCGUCUCAGAGGCAGAAGCGCGGGAGCUGUUCCAAAUGUAGGCCAACGCACUCAUCUGAGCCCCAGUUGACGGUUUCCUGUUGCAGCUUUUACCGCGGCUGUUCGACCUUCCUGCCGGUGUUCGAUUCUUCCUGUGACACGUUCGAUGAGCUCCACGAGCGAUCGCCUUUUGCCGUUGAUUGCAUCUGCAUGGUGGCCGCAAGAGUUCGAGAUGGCGGUGGCAAGUCGACCAGUCGAUGAACUAUCGAGAACACUCACAAUUUUUCAGGGCCACCUAGCCAGACGUAUAUUCAGACUCUAGAAGAGGUCCAGACUAUCUCUCGGGCAACUCUUUUCUCUCCUGUGCUAAGACACGAAGCAGUGCAGGCUAUGAUAUUGGUUGCCGGCUGGUCCGAAAACGGAUGGCUCAGCGGAGGUCAUGCUGUCAGGAUGGCCCUGGAACUUUCUAUGCACAAGGCUUGGCCAGCUCUUCUCAAGCGCAUGAAUGUCAAUCAGAUUGAUCUCAAUGCUGACCGGGAAUUGGUAAUCGCGUCAAGAAUCUGGUUCUGCCUCUAUCUCUUCGAACAUCAAUUGUCAUACGGGACCGGCCGACCCGCUGUGCUCAAGGACGAUGAAAGCAUCGGCCAUUGCCGUUUGCUCUUGCAACAUCCCCUCGCCAUUGAAGAUGACAUGCGGCUAGUCUCCACCGUGGAACUAAUGGCUCUGCGGGAAAGAGUUCAUAAUGCACUCUCACCGUUCGAAGGGCCCGUCAAGGACGGCCAUUUUGAAGAGCUUCGACGUGCGGAUGUCAACUUCCGUAGCUGGUAUGCUACUUGGGAUCAAGCUUUCUCUCAAAAAUACGAAGACGCCGCGUUCUAUCGACAAUCGUUGCAAAUUCAGCAUCUGCAUGCGGAACUGUUUCACAACGCAACUGCGCUCAGAGGACUGAAUGGCCCCGACGACGUUAUGAACAUGCCGGCCCAGCAGAGAUCGCUCGCUUUGCGUUCCAUUCAGAUUGCCCGUCAAGGCCUCGAUCUUACUGUGAAUAGCCCAGCGUACAGGGAAGGGAUGAAAUAUGCCGUGAACUAUACCCAUGCGACAGCGACUUUUGCGGCUUCAUUCCUUUUGCGACUUUCGCGACUGUUCCCUAACGACAGUGAGAUGCCGGAAGUGAGGACACAAGUGGAACGUCUAGCUACCCUGAUGGCCGAAAUCCCUGCUAAACAGUAUGCUCUGACCCUGCAAGUCAUGCUGAAAAGAUCGAGAAAACGCAAGUCUGGAUCAUCAACCUCGCGCUCGCCAAAAACUGCCCGCGAUCCCCACCGUCCCAUGUCCAUGACUAUCGAUCAAAAUCAGCCAAGUAGUGCCCAGCAGCAGGAGCCGUUCUCGCCUGCUUACGAAACCUUUCCUGGCCAAGGUCAGCACGUACCUCACAUGCAGGAUGCAGACCACAUUUGGCGCGGAUUCGAGACGACUUCGAACGAACAGCUGCCUGUCUGGAUUUCGGAUCAAACUUUGGGCGGAAACACCCUGUCGCAGCACGGCAUGAAUGCUUUUCUCUUGCCUCAGGACUAUUUUCCGCCGGCCACGCAAAUCUGGUGAAAGAUGGGAACAGAAAAAUGUGUUUUCCCCCUUGUUAUCUCCUAUGCGAUCAUACUUGUUUUGCAUAUCUUGGACCACUACUGUAAAGUUUGUGUAACGUUUCAUUAGGUUCUGUGCUGUACAAACGACGUGUAUAUCUUCCAUCAGUGUCACGAGCAGCCAAUAAUCACGUGUGUGUGACUGACGCGCUUCGCAUCCUUCUCAGCUUCACUGCCAAUGCCGGCUCUCAAACGCAAGGCCAGCGGAGGACUGUCCACGUCACCCACCAAGCGUGCGGCGCUACAGAAGCCUCAACUCUCCACUAGUCCUAGCAAGCAGCGGGGCGGGGCGGGGCAGCGAAUACUCAAGCGAGAAGAUAGCGAGGAUGAGCUCAAUGCGUUCCUCCCACGUACGCGCUCGGGCAAGGUUCGACCUAUCGAACCUCCCCCCAAAACGCCUCCGCGCCGGAAAUUGGAGACCUCUACUUCCCAUCGCGAUAUCCAGGGAGACGAGACGGAGUCCCGACCAACAUCACCGACGAAACGAGGUCGCCCUCCAAAGGCCGAACCUAAAGCUGUCAAGAGCCUCACCGCUGACCCACCCCGCGAGCUGGCCAAAAGCUCUCCCCGGAAGACGAUUUCCCCCGCUCGCUCCCCCACGCCGCCGUCUGUGGCUGAGUCUAUUGAAGAUGUGGAUCCCGAGCUGGAGGAGAGGAGUGAAUUGCAGGUGGAGGCUCAGCUUGUGGCUGAACAACUCAGAGUUUUCACCUCAGAAUCCGGUUCUCCACUGCCUAUGGAUGACAGGCCUAUAUCUCCUGCACUCUGCGAUGCACGCAGGCAGAGCAUCUUUCGAGCAAUACAAAGUUCGGAUUGCUGGAUGGAACCCGAAAGCUCUGCGAAUCAUAUUGCUUUGAAGCAGCUUCAUGAUUUGCUCACUGGUACGGUUGUGAGAGGGGAGGGGAACAGUUGUUUAUUGCUGGGACCUAGGGGGAGCGGGAAGACCGGAAUUGUGGACAGAUGCAUAGGAUUACUCGAGGAAAAGCCGAUUAUCAUCAAAUUGUGCGGCUGGGUACAGCAUACAGACAAGCUGGCCAUGCGCGAAAUCGCGUACCAAAUCGACCAACAAACGGGCGGGUCUUUUCUCAUUGAGGACGAGGGGGCAGAGGUCGAUCCCUUCUUGGAGACCCCAACCGGGAUACAUAGUGGGCAGCCGCCAGCAACACAUCUGUCCAAGUUCAUCUCCUCUCUGCCUACUCUCAGUCGUGCCACGGUCGUCGUGUUGGACGGGUUUGAUCUAUUUGCCCAGCACCCUCGGCAGUCGUUGUUGUAUUGUCUUUUGGACACGGUCCAAAGCUGCCGGGCUGAGGCUGGCAAGAAAGGGAUAGCUGUGAUCGGGACCACCGCUCGCGUUGACACGAUCAAUAUUCUCGAGAAACGCGUCAAAAGUCGAUUCUCGGGGCGCAUGUUUCGGACUGCAUCUCCUGGAAACUGGGAUGAUUGGAGAGGCUUCACGAGGAAAAUUCUGUGCCAGAGUCUCGAGUCCUUUGCCGAUUUUGAUGGACAAUGGGAGCGCGCAGUGGAUUCGUUCCUUCAAGACGAACUGACCCAGUCAGUGUUCAAGGAAACUCUCAGCGUAACUCGGGAUGUCAGAGUGUUCAAUCGGAUACUGACAGCGAUGGUUGUUCAACUGUCUCCAGACGCGCCUUAUCCCACACCAAAACAGCUAGCACACGUGGCAUCAAUGCAGCGCACUCGAGUAGGGUUUCCGUCUGUAGAGGGUCUGCCUUAUCCAGCGCUCUGCUUGCUAGUUGCUUGUAUGCAUUCAGAAACCGCUGGACACUCAAUAUUCACCUUCGAGAUGCUUUACGAGAGAGUUCGGGACCAAAUUCGGGUUUCCGCUUCCGCCCCCGUUGAAGUCAAGGGAACCAGUGUGGGGAUGCCGCAGUGUUCUAGGGCGGUGCUUUCCAGCGCUUUCGAAACACUGGUGUGCACGAGUAUCUUCAUCCCAUCUGUUGCUCCAGCAGCAGGAAUUGCGAAAGAGUUCGCGAAAUACCGCUCUCAUGUAGGCAGAGAAUGGAUUCGUAGAGCUCUGCAACUCAAGAACGACAUGAAUCUGAAUAGAUGGCUUGGGAAAUCGUAGAAUAGGGGCAUCAAUUAUUACAACUGUAAUUUGUAUCACUUCACUUCUUUCAACC